GCGCCAGUGGCGGAGGCCACUUGCGAGAGCGACGCCCGCGCGGCGCGUAAAGAGCAACACGGCGCGACGCGUCCGCUGCUUGCGCCUGUGCGCCUGCCUGCCUGUGGCGCACGGCGGCGCAGGGCCCACCUCCCACCGUCACUCCACACCGCUGCGCGCCCUCCCACAGCAGAGCAUCGCCCACGAUGCCGCUCGUGCGCCUUGAGGUCGAGAACUUCAAGUCCUACCGGGGCAAGCAGAUCAUCGGGCCGUUCUUCUCCUUCAGCGCCAUCAUCGGUCCCAAUGGCUCGGGCAAGUCGAACCUCAUGGACGCCGUGUCCUUCGUGCUCGGCGUCAAGAGCGCACAGCUGCGAUCCACCCAGCUGCGCGACCUGAUCUACCGCGGGCGCCAGAUGGGCGGCGAUGAUGAUGGCGAGGGGGGCGAGGGCACCCAGGGCGAAGGCACGGCCACGCGAGCCAGUGUCACGGCCGUCUACAGAGACAACAAGGGCGCCGAGUACCGCUUCCAGCGCACCAUCACGACGGCCGGCGCGUCCGAGUACCGCAUCAACAACAAGGUCAUGUCGGCUGCGACGUACAACGAGCGGCUGCACUCCUUCAACAUCCUCGUCAAGGCCAAGAACUUUCUCGUCUUCCAGGGCGACGUCGAGGCCGUCGCGUCGCAGGGCGCCAAGGAGCUGAGCAAGCUCAUCGACCAGAUCUCGGGCUCGCUCGAGUACAAGGACGAGUACGAGCGCGCCAAGGCGGCGCAGGACCGCGCCGUCGAAAACUCGACGUUCACCUUCAACAAGCGCAAGGGCAUCAAUGCCGAGCUCAAGACGUUCCGCGAGCAGAAGAGCGAGGCGGAGCGCUUCGAGAAGCUGCAGGCUGAGCGGGACGCCCACGUCAUGCAGCACAUCCUGUGGCGUCUGUACCACAUCGAGGAGGAGCUCGAGCAGAACUCGACGCAGAUCGACGACGAGAGUGCCAAGCUGCCGGCCAUGCGCAAUCAGGUGCGCGACGACGAGAAGGGCGUCGAGGCUGCGCGCAAGGAGCGCGACGCAGCGGAGAAGGACAUUGCCAAGCAGGACAAGGCGGUGCGCCGCAGGGAGAAGGACCUGGAGAAUCAACAACCGGGCCUGGACGCCUUCGACGAGAAGAUGGCGCACUCGCUGCGCAAGCGCGAGCGCGCCGAGAAGCUCUGCGAGGCGACGAAGCGCGACGUCGACAAGUACCGCACCCUGAUCGCCAAGCUGAAGCAGGACCAUGAGACUGCGAAGCGCGCAGCAGACGAGGCGGCGGAGGAGCAGCGCAAGGCAGCGGAGGCGCGCGGGCAGACGUUGAGCGGGCAGGAGUUGGCCGAGUACCACGAGCUCGAGCAACAGGCGAACCUGCGCGCUACUGCUGAGCGUCUGCAGCUCGAGACGCUCGGGCGUGAGCGCAGGGCACAGGAGACUACCCUCAGGGGUCUGGAGCAGAAGCUGGCAGCCCUGCAGAGGUCGCAGGAGAAGCAGCAGGACAUUGUCGACGCGCAGACCAGCCGUCGGGCAGCAGUCAGCGCCACGCAGAAGGACCUUGACUCGCAGCUCAAGGCUGCCAAGGCAGAAGUCAAGGGUGUGCAGGCCCAGCGCGACGAGAUCAAACGGACCGAGGACAAGCUCAACGAGACCCUGCAGACGUGCAUCACCAAGCUGCUGCAGGCCGGCAGUGCUGCGCGCGAGACGGAGCGCGAGACACGUAUGAAGAACACGUUCGCCACUCUGCAGCGCACCUUCCCGGGCGUGCGCGGCCGUCUGGUCGACCUCUGCAAGCCAACGCAGCGCAAGUACGACACGGCGAUCGCCACAGUGCUCGGACGCAACAACGACGCCGUCAUCGUCGACACGGAGAAGACGGCCAUCGACUGCAUCGAGUACCUGCGCAACCAGCGCGCCGGCCAGGCCACAUUCAUCCCGCUGGAGACGAUCCAGGUCAAGCCCAUCAACGACCGCCUGCGCAACAUUGCCACGGGUGCACGCCUUGCCGUCGACGUGCUGCAGUUCGAUGCCUCGAUCGAGCGCGCCAUGCACUUUGCGUGCGGCAAUGCGCUCGUGUGCGACACGAUCGCGAUCGCGCGCAUGAUCUGCUACGAGAAGAAGCAAGAAGUCAAAGCUGUGACGCUUGAUGGCACCCUCAUUCACAAGAACGGCAACAUGACCGGUGGUGUGUCGGGAGAGACGCGCACGCAGCCGUGGGACGACAACGAGGUCGCCCAGCUGCAGCGCCAGCGUGACACAUGCAUGUCCGAGCUCAAGGAGCUGGGCAAGCGGCGACACGAGCUGUCCAGGGACGACGAGCUGCAGGCCAAGAUCGGCCGCAUCGAGGCUGAGCUUGCUAUUCAGCGCGACGAGAUGGCUUCGAUCGACAGCCGCCUGAAGGGCGCCAAGGCGGAGCUCAAGGUGAUCAACGAGCAGCUCGCGCAGACGCAGCCGAAACUGGCGGAAGCCCAACAGGUGCUGGCGGCGAGUGACGCUCGCUUUGCGGCGCUCACCGACACGAUCAAUGCCGCCGACGACGACGUCUUUGCCGCCUUCUGCGCCCGCAUCGGUGUCGAGCACAUCCGCGAGUACCGCGGCCGGCAGCUGCAGGUGCUGGAGCGCGAGAAGGACGCGCGGCAGGAGUUCGAGCUGCAGAUGAAGCGCCUGCAGCACACUUUGGCAUUCGAGGAGAGCGAGUUUGCUAAGCUCAACGCACGGCUCGAGCUCAACCAGCGCGUCGUGACGAAGGAGACGGAGCGCAUGGCUGCCCUGACGCAGGAGAAGGCCGAGCUGCAGCAACAGAUCGAGGCCAUCAAGGCGGAGAUCGCCGAGCUGACGAAGCGCCUGGCGGAGCUCAAGGAGGAGGCCGAGGAGAAGAAGGUGGCGCUGUCCAACGCCAAGAAGGCAGAGGCGCAGGCCAGCAAGGCGCUCGCCGCGUCCAUCAAGGAGAUCUCCAACUGGAAUGACGCCAUCGAGAAGCUCAACAGCGAGCGCUCGUCCAUCUACCGGCGCUGCCGCCUCGACGAGAUCGCCCUGCCGCUCACGCAGGGCUCGCUGAAGAACGUGCCGCUCGAGGACAAUCCGGACCUCGCGCCCAUGGAGAUCGACGAGGACGUGACUCAGCUCGCGAUUCAGGCGCGUGACUACGGCAUCGAGGUCGACUUCGAUGACCUUGACGAGGAGGAGAAGGAGAACGGCGGUGACGAGAUGGCUCGCGAGCUGCAGGGCCGCAUCGACGACGUGACGUCGCAGAUCGAGCAGAUGCAGCCGAACAUGAAGGCCAUCGACCGUCUCGACGACGCCGAGUCGAAGCUCAAGGAGACGGAGCGCGACUUCAACAAGUCGCGUACCGAGGCGCAGAAGGCGCGCGACGACUUCAACCGCAUCAAGAAGAAGCGCUGCGACCUCUUCAACGCCGCCUUCACGCACAUCUCGGAGCGCAUCGACAAGGUGUACAAGGAGCUGACGAAGGGCAAGGCGUCGCCGAUGGGCGGCGUGGCCUACCUCAGUCUCGAGGACACCGAGGAGCCGUACCUCUCGGGCGCGCGCUACCACAUCAUGCCGCCGAUGAAGCGCUUCCGCGACAUGACAGACCUGUCCGGCGGCGAGAAGACGAUGGGCGCGCUGGCGCUGCUGUUUGCCAUCUCGAGCUUCAAGCCCGCACCGUUCUUCUUCCUCGACGAGGUCGAUGCUGCUCUCGACUCGCAGAACGUGGCCAAGGUGGCCAACUACAUCCGCGCACACGCCAGCGAGCGCAUGCAGUUCAUCGUCAUUUCGCUCAAGGCCAGCCUGUACGAGCGGGCCCAGGCGCUGGCCGGCGUGUAUCGCGACCAGGCUGUCGGCGCCAGUGCGACGCUCACGCUGGAGCUCGAGCGCUACGCCUGAUGGCCAUCGCCGGCCUGCCGCCGCCUCGCAUCGCACCUCGGUCCCUUGUCCUGCCGCUUCGUCUGCAUCUUUCGUCACCGCCUGCUCCCGUCAUAUCACCCUCCUCUGUACUCUAGCCCCGCAUGCCAUCUAUUGCCUACACUGAGCGG